GCGGCGCGCGCCUUGCCUUGGCGCCUCUUCGGCGCCUCGCUGCUGGCGGCGCCGGAGCCGGCGGAGGUGUCGGAGCGGAUCCUGAGCCAACGGGGCAUCGUGAAGGACGAUACCUUCAAGGCCCACACUGACGGCCAUGCCUAUGGAGAUAAGUUCCCAGACUACUUCUUGCUCCUCUGCGCGCAGGCCUGCGAGGAGGGAGGCGGCAACUUCUUGAUCGAUGGCUACGAGAUCUUGCGACAGUUGCAAGAAAACCCUGAGACGAGGUGGGUGGUCUCCGCCCUGGAGCAUCGCCCCGUCAACCAGACCUCGCGGCUCCCAAGCGUCACCCCGGUGCUGCUGCGCGCGGGCGAACGCCGGGCGCUGCGCUGCCGGCUGCCGGGGCCGCCCUCGGCCUUCAUGGCGCAACGGGUGAGUGAGGAAUCUGAGGAUCCGAAACAGGAUGCCCAGAUGUUGGAGAUCUAUCACCAGUCCAUCCAGAAAGCUGCAGAUGCUGCGCAGCGCAUCUACCUGCGACCUGGGGAUGCCUUGGUGGUGGACAACUACCGCAUGUUCCACGGCCGCGACCCCUACCGCGACCAGCGUCGCCUCCUCUGGCGCUGUUGGCUCUGGACGAGCGCCUCCCGCGGGCUGCCGGACGUCGAGGAGGGCGAGCUGCACUCGACGCCGGGGAACGCGCCGGGGGAGGUGGUCGGGGACGAGGAAACCGACGAGGCGACGGCCAAGCGGGCCAAGACCAAACAGUUCCGAAGAGAGCUGACGAAGUCCGAUUCAUACUUUAAGUUUGGCAGGACUCAGAUGAAUGGUGCCAUGGAAAAUCUGAAAAAAGUCAGUGGCAGCGAACUUUUGACAAAGAUCCGACAGAAUGGCUUCAAGCUGACUGUGGGAGACAUCACUUUUGUCCUGGCGGAGUCCUAUGGAUUCUGCUGGGGUGUGGAACGGGCAGUGGCCAUGGCCUACGAGGCGAGGGACUUCUUUCCCGACAAGAACAUCUGGGUCACGAACGAGAUCAUCCACAACCCAUCAGUGAACAAGCAGUUGUCCGACAAGGGCAUGAAGUUUGUGCAGACCAAUUCGGAUGGUAGCAAGGACUACUCCGGAGUGCAGGAGGGCGACGUGGUGAUCCUGCCGGCCUUCGGUGCCUCAGUGGACGAGAUGGCGCUCUUCAAGGAGAAGAACGUGCAGAUCGUGGACACCACCUGCCCCUGGGUCUCUAAGGUUUGGACAAGCGUGGAGAAGAGCAAGGACAAAGGGCACACCGCCAUCAUCCACGGCAAGUACGACCACGAGGAGACGGUUGCGACCAAAUCCUUUGCACAGAAGUACUUGGUGCUGAAGAAUAUGGGUGAAGCGGAGUACGUGGCGGACUACAUUUUGGGCAAUGGGAACAAGGAGGAGUUCCUUUCCAAGUUUUCCAAGGCCAUGAGUGAAGGCUUUGAUCCCGAUGUGGAUCUGGAGUGCUUGGGUGUGGCCAACCAGACUACCAUGUUGAAGGGCGAGACGGAGCUCAUUGGCAAGCUUUUUGAGCGGACACUCAUCAAGAAGUACGGUCCGCAGAACAUCAAUGAACACUUCUUGUCUUUCAACACCAUUUGCGAUGCUACCCAGGAACGCCAGGACGCGAUGUACAAGAUGUUUGGUGCCGAGUACGAGGCGCCCGAGUCCAAAUUGUACGCGGACUUGGAGGGCGAGCAGGUGGGCAUCGAUUUGAUGACCACCAAGAACGCCGAGAAGUUGUCGUCCCGCCAGAUGGAAGCGGACUCCAAGGGAGGUGGUGAAGUGUCCGACGAGAUCCCUGCGAAGGUGGACAUGGUCUUGGUGCUCGGCGGCUUCAACUCUUCGAACACGGCUCAUCUCUUGGAGAUUGCCGAGGACAAAAAAAUCACCGCGUACCACAUUGACUGCGCCGAGCGCAUCGGCGUGGCCGACGGCGAGGCGACGAACCGCAUCCAGCACAAACCGAUGUCGACCUCACCAGCUCAAGCCAUGAUGGAUGAGGGCCUGGAGGUGACCGAGAAUUUUUUGCCCGAGGGACCUGUGACUAUCGGCAUCACCUCUGGCGCGUCCACACCCGAUAACAUCUUCGGAGAUACGUUGAAGCGAGUGCUGGCCGUCAAGGGCCUUGAGGCUUGAGAGGUCCGAGAGGUCCAGGCUGAGAGAGAUCCGAUCGGCGAUGCAUGGGGGUUAAUCCUCUUCUUUAAACAGUUUGCGAACUGGAAAAUCACCAUCUUUAGAAGGUAAAUCAACUAUUUCUAUAGGCAACUUUAGGAGGUAAAUCAACUAUUUCUAUAGGCAACUUUCAAUUUUCUGCUUUAAAAAGGGGUCAAACCCUUGAUUUUUUUCCAGCGUCUGCGGCGGACACAAAGGCCGAACUCUGAGAUUGCUGGUUCGGUAACUCUGGAGCCGACGAAGAUUGAGAAAGUCGUGGCUCUUAAACCGACUCUGCGUUGCCUGAGCAAUGCAGAAAAA